UAGCAGCUCUGAGGCAGAUCAGAGCCUGAGGUGCCCCCCUUGUAGCCUGAACCACAGAUGGGUGGAGCCGCUGCUGCCACGGUGGGAGGAGACCGGGCAGGCCCCGGGGGUGUUGGCAGCCCAAGAGCCUGGGUUCAGCCCCAGGGCUGGGCGGCCACAAGACCACCCAGUUCCCGUGCUGUGCCUGGUGUGCCCACCUCAUCGUGGGUGGAGACAACCUACGGCCAGCUCUCAGGACAGUGCUGGCUCACAGCGCACCCCCACCCGGUACUGCUGAGACCCCAGGCGGGGCCGCGGCAGGUGGCUGAGGCUGCAGCGCGGGGCUGAGUGGCUGUGUGGGGAGACGCAGCCUGACGCACAGGCAGGAAGUGAGGUGGGAGCUGGGCUGAGGGCUGCACAAAGGCACCACGCCUCAAGGUGCCCAGGCUGCCUGCUGCCCCAGACAGCGGAGGAGGCGUGCGCCUCGGCCUUGGUAAGUGUCUGCUCUGGUCUCCAGCCUGGCCAGGGCCCCAGGCCGCUUAGUGCCUUCCUCGGGCAGCUGAGGACUGGGGUCUGGGAGGAUUGGGCCCUACCAGGUCAGGUCACUGGGGCCUGGGUCCUCCCUGGGUCUGGGCAGACUGGCCUCCACCUCCGAAACACCCCAUCCCCUGGCUCUGUGCUGCUGGACUACAAGACCAUGCUGGUUGUGGGGUAGACGCCCUCUCCCCUCAAGCAGCUCCGUAAGACGCCAGGAAGCAGACGUCCAGUGGCAGAGACAGUUGGAGCGGUGAAUGGAGAGGUGGGGUGGGGCAGGCAAUGCCCAGAGCAGCCCUUCCUCCCCCUCUACCGGCUUUCCAGCCCCUCAGGGGCCAGCGUCUGUAGCGGACAGCUAGGGGGCGUACCUGAGACAGGAGCCAUGCCUGGGCAGGAUGUGGCUGCAGGUGAGUGUGGCUCAUGGCUUGCAAGCCUACGGUGUGACCUCAGGGCCUCCCUGGCUCUCAGGUUUGGGCUGCAGUGACCACAGCAGGGCUUUGGCCAGGUCACAGCUGCCCUGCCCCUCCUCACUGGCCAUGCUUGGCCAUCACCUGCUCAUCCUCACCAACUCAAGUGCCCAGGGGCCAGGCAGAGCAUACCUCACACUCACCAGGAGUCCCCAGGCAGAGGUGGGAAGGUAGGCACCUGGGCUGUGUCCCCUCAGCCUCUGUAGGAAGGAGGGGUGCUGAGCCUUGGGGGUUUCCUGUGUGCUGAGUCAGCGCCCAAGGGGGAGGGAACCGCCCAGCAGCUGGAGUCGCAGGAGUGGGCCUGUCAGGGAGGUACCCAGUCCCUUAGCCCCCAGCCCUCUUGUCUUCUGCCUCCAGGCCUGUCCACGGCUUUGCAGGAUGAGGCCACAGGUGCCCUUGGCCCCUCCUGCCCUCUGGGUCCUAGGGUGCCUCACCUUCCUGCUCUGGCUGUGGGUGCUGUGCUCAGCCUGCCACAGGAAGCGGGUGCCAAGGCAGCUGUCCAGGCUGCAGGACAGUGUGAUGCCAGUGGAAGGGUCACUGAUGAGACGGCCCUACCACCACUCCCUCAGCAAGUCGGACACCAGACUGCAUGAGCUGCACCGCAGCCGGCCCUGCAACAGAGCCCCAGCCCCACGGCCCGCCAGCAUGGAUCUCCUGUGCCCGCAAUGGCCAGAGGUGUCCAGAGGCACCAACAGGCCCCCAGCAGCCUUCUCACACCUGGAGCUGCCCCUGGCUGCGCCCUCCACCAGCCCCGAGGCCACCUAUUCCAAUGUGGGGCUGGCUGCGAUCCCCCGGGCCAGCCUGGCAGUCAGCCCUGGGGUGUGGACAGGGUCAUGGCUGACCAGCAGCUGUGCCAGGCCUGGGCCUGCGGCCAGACCCGUGGUGGCUGAGUAUGCUUGCAUCCAGAAGUUCAAGGGAACAGAUCGGGGUCCCCAAGGCCUGGAGCUGGGGAAGGCUGAGCUGACCCCAGCCACUCAGGUAGACCUCCUGUACUCCAGGGUCAGCAAGCCUAAAAGGAGGGACCCAGGACCUGCCACAUGCCAGCCCAACCCCAAUGGAGGGGGAGCAGUUCUGGCUCUGAGAGGUGACUCGGCCUACGAGGUCCUUCCACUCAGGGGUCUGGGUGUGGACAAGAGCCUCCUGGAAAACGUGUAUGAGAGCAUCCAGGAGAUGGGGGCUUCUGUGCACCUGGAGCCCUCUAGCUCGAGCUCCUAGCGGGAGAGGACAUAUGCAGGGCAUGGAGCCCCCUGCUUCCUGUCUAAACACCCAAGUACCAUGGUCCUUCCUCCAGAGUGGCGUGCCACCCUUCACUUCCCCCACAGUCUCCUCCCACACACAGCUGACAGCACAAAUUCCAGAUCGCAGGGCUGCCAGCCUGUGGGGUCCCUGGGGUCCAGGGCAGCCUCUCAAUAAACCCCCAGCUCAGGCGCCGAACACA